CUGGAGGGGCUACUCCAUCUUGACCUCCGAUUCACCCCCAAGUCGUCACCAAGCAAUCAAUCAUGUCCUCCACUACUAACAGCAGCUCCGUCGCCGGUCAUCCCAUUGCGAUCCGGGCCGGCGGUCGUCGGAUCUCCCAAUCGCACACCCGUCGUGCCUCGCAAGGCGCUUCUACUUCUCCCACCGACGACGAUGCCAACAAGGACGCCAGUAUCCCACUUUCCACAUCCGCCGCCUCCUCUGAUGGCUAUCCUCGCCCUGAGCCCGGCCAUGGCCACACAGAGAGCGAACCUGGCAAGGAUAGCGAGAAGCAACAAGACCAGCAGCGCGACCAAGGAAAGAAGAAGAAAAAGGGCAUCAAGAGUGAUGAGGCCAAGAUGCUCGCCCUCAACAACGCCGGCUCCGCCUCGUCUCGCGCUCCUCGUCACGCUGCAGGCGGAGGCAACAUGGACGCCAGAAUCAAGCAGCCUGCUUCGGCCAUGGGCAUCUGAGCUCGCGCUUGACGGCUUGCGGGCUUCCCUCUCUCGAGACCCAUUGACGUAGCUCCUCUCGUCGUCGUCGUCGUCGUCGUCGCCCUUCUCGCCUCGCCUCGCCUUGUCAUCGCUCCCGUACAUGAUUCAUGAAUGAAGUCCUUUCGAUUCGAUGCAUGAGAACACCAUAGCACGGCAAUGCGCAAUUGUACACCCACCC